AUAAAAACAUUUUAUUGAUCAUAUUUAUCAGAUAUUUUAAAACCUGUUUUCAUCUUUUGUUUCUUCUUCUGGAUUUUAUAAUGAAUCAGAUUCUUCACUGAUUUUCAGUGAAACAAACAGAAACAGAUGAUUUGAUCAGAAACAAAGAGACGGAGACUUCCUGUCUGUCCUGCAGAGGGCGCCGUGGUCUCACAUCUCUACAGAGAGAGAUGGAGACAUAAAGAGACAGGAGGAGGAGGAGUAGGAGGAGGAGACAUAAAGGGGUUCAGAGGAGGCGUUUGGUUUCAGAGGAUUUUACAGAUCGAAGUGAUUCAGUUGACACACAAAGGAGACGCUGCUGCUUCAUUCAUUCAUGUAUUCAUUUAUUCAUGUCUUCAUCAGAGCGUGUGACCCUGUGAGGAGUGAGAUGUCUGUCUGCAGGAUCUCUGUUCUCUCAGCUGUGCUGCUGAUGUCAUCGUGGUGCGUUCAGGGUCUGCGUGUGGACAUGUUUCCCAGAAGGCCCCUGUUCAGACUGGGCGAGCGUCAGCAGCUGGAGUGUCGGGUCCAAGACUGUCCCACAAUGCCGAGCGUGUCCUGGUCUCUGAUGGGGGACCGACCGCUGACGGCGUCCAUCAUCACCAACAGAAGCCUCUCCGUGGUGACCUUUGACCCCGUCAUGAUGGAGCACGAAGGAGCUCUGCUGUGUCGAGUCAACUGUGGAGGAGACCAGAGGCAGGCCACCACGCCUGUGCACGUUUACUCCUUCCCAUCAGCCCCUCUGAUCACAGGCCAGGACCGCCUGCAUCUGGGGGCAGAGUCUGUCCUCACCUGUCAGGUGUCUGAUGUUUACCCCGCCGAGCUGCUGACCGUCAGCUGGCUCCAAGGAGAUGCUGUCCUGCAGAGAAUUGUUGGAGACGCUGGAUUGCUCUCGGUGCGGUCUGAGUACAGGUUCACGCCUCAGGAUCAGGACUCUGGAGGAAACAUCAGCUGCAGCGCCACGCUGGACCUGCAGGACCUGCCAGCUGAGGACAGGGCCAGAAACACCACUGUUCCCCUAAACCUGCUCUAUGCUCCUGUUGUCACGGCGAUAUCAGACUCCGUGUUGGUGAUGGCCGGCUCUCCGCUCACACUCAGCUGCUCUGCGAAAGGAAACCCGGAGCCGACGAUCACCUGGAGCUUCAGAGCUGCAGACAGCCGAUCUGAGUGGAGGCGUGGAGGUCAUAUGCUGGUCAUGUGGGCGGUGACUCUGUCUGAUGCUGGAUGGUACGACUGUGAGGCGUGGAACAGCGAGGGGAACCAGACCGCCGGGCUGCAGGUCACCGUUCACGCUCCGCCCACCAACACCUCCCUCUUGGUGAGUCCAGGUGAGCAGGUGAUGGAGGGUCAGCAGGUGACCUUUACCUGCCACUCAGACGGAGCUCCGCCCCCUACACUAGUACUGAGGAGGGAUGGGGCGGAGCUUCAGAGGACUGACACCGCCUCCUCCUCGUCGCUCUCCUUCAGCCUCUCCUCCGCCCAUCUGGAAGACUCCGCCCACUACCAGUGUGAAGCCUCCAACCAAUACGGGUCCCAGCUUGUCACCAGCUCUGUCACUGUCACAGCUCAUCCUCUGCAGGUGGACCUGAGUUCUCACGUCUCUGCAGCAGAGCGGGGUUCAUGUCUGCUCCUCACCUGUAGAGCCUCCGGAUGUCCCCACCCUCCAACCCUCACCUGGAGGAGGACAGACCAGAACCAGACCGUCCUCCAGAGGAUGGACCAGAACCAGACUGUCCUCCAGAGGAUGGACCAGAACCAGACCGUCCUCCAGAGAAUGGACCAGAACCAGACCAUUCUCCAGAGGACAGAACAGGACGGACUGUCCUUGCUCCGUGUGCAGGACCUAGACCUCCAGGAUCAGGGAGGAUACAGCUGUGAGGCCGAGUGUGGCUCUGUCAUCAGAACUGGAUCCAUCCAGGUCCAUGUCUACUCGUUCCCAUCUGAUCCGGUUCUGGAGGAUCCUGGUCCUGUCCUGCUGGGUCAGGAGGCGGUCCUUCACUGUAACGUAAGCAGUGUCUUCUCAGCCAAUCAGAUGAGGAUCCUGUGGCUGUCGGGGAACAUGACACUGAUGUCAGAGUCCUUCAGGUUCUCCGGUUCCAUACAGAAUGUCUCGUCUGUUCUUCAGCACCUGGUCCAGGAGGAUCAGCAGGUUCUGACUUGCAGGGCAGAGCUGCUGAUGGAGGACGGAGACGUGUGGAGGUCCAGGAUGACCAGCGUCCCCCUGCAGGUCCACUAUCCUCCGAGGAGAACCUCCCUCUCAGUGAGUCCAGGUGAGCAGGUGAUGGAGGGUCAGCAGGUGACCUUUACCUGCCACUCAGAGGGAGCUCCGCCCACCACAUUGGUGCUGCGGCGGGAUGGGGCGGAGCUUCAGAGGACUGAUCCCACCUCCCCAUCACUCUCCUUCAGCCUUUCGUCAGUCCAGCUGGAAGACUCUGCCCACUACCAGUGUGAAGCCUCCAACCAGUAUGGGUCCCAGUUGGUCACCAGCUCAGUCACCAUCACAGCUCCUCCGAGGAACACCACGGUCCUCGUCCUGCCGUCUACGGUGGUCCAGGAGGGACAAAAUGUCACCGUCUGCUGCCAGACCAUCAGCUUUCCGCCAUCAGCCGUGAUCCUGAAGAAGCUGACCAAUGGGACGGAGCUAUAUUCCACCAACGGCACCUUCCUAUUGGUCAAUGUCACGGCCAAAGACUCUGGGCUUUACCAGGUCAACGUGACCAACCAGCUCGGAUACCAGGUCAAAGUGUUCAGCAUCAGUGUCAGAGAGAGAAGCUCCAGUCCUCCUCCCAGUCUGAGCGCUGUCAUCGUCCCAGUCAUCUGCGUCGCCGCCGGGCUCGCAGCUGCUGCUCUGCUCCUGGACUACCUGAGGAGGUCCAGAAAGAAAGGCUUCUACCAGCUGCCGCAGUCUGCCCCCCCUUCAGCCUAAAGCUAACCCUGGGCUACCACUUCCCACCAUGUGGCCGCCAUCUCCCACCGUGUGGCUACCAUCUCCCACCAUGUGGCUACCAUCUCCCACCAUGUGGCCGUCAUCUCCCACCAUGUGGCUACCAUCUCCCACCAUGUGGCCGCCAUCUCCCACCAUGUGGCUACCAUCUCCCACCAUGUGGCUACCAUCUCCCAACAUGUGGCUACAGCCUCCCAACAUGUGGCCACCAUCUCCCACCAUGUGGCUACCAUCUCCCAACAUGUGGCCGCCAUCUCCCACCAUGUGGCUACCAUCUCCCACCAUGUGGCUACCAUCUCCCAACAUGUGGCUACAGCCUCCCAACAUGUGGCCACCAUCUCCCAACAUGUGGCUACCAUCUCCCAACAUGUGGCCACCAUCUCCCAACAUGUGGCUACAGCCUCCCAACAUGUGGCUACCAUCUCCCAACAUGUGGCUACAGCCUCCCAACAUGUGGCCACCAUCUCCCAACAUGUGGCUACCAUCUCCCAACAUGUGGCCACCAUCUCCCAACAUGUGGCUACCAUCUCCCAACAUGUGGCCACCAUCUCCCAACAUGUGGCUACAGCCUCCCAACAUGUGGCUACCAUCUCCCAACAUGUGGCUACAGCCUCCCAACAUGUGGCUACCAUCUCCCACCAUGUGGAUCAAACAGGAAGUAGAAACGUGUCUCUGACUCGUGUUUUUGGCUCCUGGUGUGUCAGAAAAUUCUCCCCGUGACUCCUGAAGGUUUUUAAUAAUGACUGGAGGAAGGUUUGUUUCUGUUUGAGCCUCAGGGUCCUCAGAUGUCUGCUGGUUCGGUACUCGUGUGUCUCCAGUUCUAACGUUCUGCACACAGAACCUGGUGUUUGUGUUAUGUUGAAUUAUGGGAUGGAUUUCUGACGUGGGCUGAAUGUAGAUUUGUUUCUCACUCCGUGCUUUUAUUAAAGAUAUUUAUUUCUUCA